GAGGAGGCUUUAGGGCCCGGAGGGCCAGCCUUUGGGCCUCCCUGCCCUUUGGGGCCUUUCUACAUUGCCAUAUAAUCCAGAUGAUCGAAGUAGAUGAUCCACAUUUAUCUGAUUUGGACCGAUUCUAGAGUCCACACUAUCAUAUAAUCUAAGCAUUUGGAUAACGUAAUUUUAAUAAUGUUUAAGGUUUGAUAUAUUUUUAAUUAUUGUUAGGGCCUUUUACUCUCGCACUUAAGACCUGGCUUUUUACUAGAGCAUUCGAUCUCUGUUAAUUUUUAAAUUCUGUAUGUGUGUAUUUUAUCUUUUACAAUUUAGCUUUAAAUCGCCUGGAGCAUUCUCAGAUGGAGGGCGAUUAAUAAGUAAUUAAAUAUGAUGAUGGUGAUGUUUUAAUAUAUAUGUUUAUUUUAUUAUGCAUGUAUGUUUACAUGGCAUCGAAUCAUUGCCUAUAUAUGUAAGCCACCUUGAGUCCCCUGCAGGGUUGAAAAAGGCGAGGUAUAAAUAGAGUAAAUAAAUAAAUAAACAAAUAAGCAGAUCAUCUGGAUUGUAUAUGGCAAUGUAGAAGCGACCUUGGACUGUGCUGGGGUUUCUUCCCAAUCCCCCUCCCUGUGGGUGCCAUGCCAACAUUCAUGGGUGCUCAAGUCCCAUUAUGUACACUGGUGAGGUGGUGUCCUUUAUAUAAAAGGGUAAAAUGUAAAAGAGGCUUGCCUUUUGAAGUUUGGAAAAAGUACCUGUAAGAUGUGGAGAGUUUAAUCAGUGGAUACAGAGGGCCGGCUGUAUAAUUUCACCUGCCCUGUCUCACAAUACUUGUGGUUCAUGCUUGCCGCUUGGCUGAGGGACACAAGGAUUGCCACACCAGAUGGAAAUUAAUAUGUCAUUCAGUUGCACAGUCAAAAGGCAACAGUAACUUCAGAGUGUUUCAUGGCAGAAAAAUAAACAAUUUCCCCAGGGAAUCUGAAUAACCCAGGGCCCUUCCAUACAGCAAUACAAUCCAGAAUACAAGGCAGAAAAUCCCAAAACGUCUGCUUUGAACUAGGUUAUCUGAGUCCAAACUGCCAUAUAUUCCAGUUCAAAGCAGAAAACAUGGGAUUUUAUUCAGUUGUGUGGAAAGGGCCCCAGACUCUCUCCCAGCCUUUUCCAGGGUUCCCCUGGGGGUGAGGAAGGGACUUUGUCAGGAUGUGACCCCCUAGGUCCUCCAGGUUUUGAACUUCAGUACCUAUCCUUUAUUUUACAUAAUGCAGGAUAGUGCUUUUGAGAAGUGUAGGGCUAGAAAUGGCAGUCUGCCAUGGCCCACUCCCAUUCUGCCACUGGGGCCCAGUGCAUGUUCAUUCUAUGGUCGGGAGUCCCUCUCUUUCGCACCAUUGCCACCUUCCUUAACCAUCUCCCUUGCACAGCUUUCCUCUAAGGAUGGUGCCAAGGAGCUUGGGGAGCCACCAGCCACACUGCCCACGGUCGGCACAAAUCUUACAGACCUCUCACUGGGAAAGAAGAUUACAGUGCGGGAAUUGGGGGGAUGCAUGGGUCCCAUCUGGUCAAGUUACUACAGUGACUGCUGCUCUGUCCUGUACAUGAUUGACGCUGCCAGGCCUACCCAGAUUUCUUCAUCCUGUGUACAACUUUUGUCACUCCUUUCUGCUGAAAAGCUAGCAUCAGUUCCUGUUCUUAUCAUUUUCAACAAGAUCGACCUACCCUGUUACAUGUCCCUUGUGGAAAUGAAGUCAUUAUUCCGAAUCCAAGAUAUCAUUACCUUCGCUAAACAGCCCAUUGCUGUUUUGGAGACGAGUGCCCGGGAUGGCACAGGCUUAUCCAAUGUGUUGCAGUGGUUUAAUUCCACUCUGUGCAAUUAAAGCUAAGCAUUACAGGAGCUGGGGCUAGUUCUCAACUCAAGGACCUCAAUGAAACAAUAAGCAGAAGAAAGAUUGCUGCUCAACAUGGAUGCAUCUGGAGAAGUGAAUUAGAAAGUACAAGCAAACUAAAUUGACUGUCCCCUGCAGGCAGUGGGCAAAAGAUUACUUCUAUAGACUCGGAUACAGUUUGAAAUUGAGAAUAAAUAUUUUUCUGUUGAA